AUUGUGUGUGUUUUGACAAUGGCGAAUAUAGUUUCAUCUCGAACGAAAAGGAUUGUUCACUUAGCUCAAACUUCUUAUCAUUCCGGUGAGUAAAAUUAUCCAUGCCAAAUUUACACAGCACUAAUUGCUGUAUGUUUGUAAAUGAGGAAUUCGAGAACUGCAAUCAUCCUGAUCUAGACAUAGACGAAGGUUCAUCUUCCGAAACGGAGAAUAACAUCGAGAAAAUAACUGAAGUCGACGAUGAGAUGACGGUCGAGUCGGGUGACGCACAAGAUAUGUUUUUCGCCAAGGAUGAAACAGUUUGGCUAAAGGAACCUUUCAAGAGGAAGCGACAGCGAUAAAAAAACGUAAUAAAAACUCCUGAAGGUGUUAUUCCCCAAGUACCUAGAGAUAGCAGCAUUGCAGACGUUUUCAAGUUGUUUAUAUCUCCCGAAAUCAUCCAAACUAUAGUGACCUACACAAACCAAAGGGCAGCUUACGAAAUAGAUAAUCACAACGACAGUGAAGAGGGUUUGGUUUGGAAAGAUGCAGAUGAAAUUGAGAUAUAUGCCUACAUUGGAUUGCUGAUAUGCUCCGGAGCACUCAAAAGCAACAGGGAACCUGUAGUCAUGCUCUGGCAAACCGACCCAUGUUUCCAACGUCCAAUAUUCUCAGCUACAAUGCCGCGAACGAGAUUUUCUCAAAUUUCAAGUUGGAUGCGCUUUGACAAUAAAGACACCAGAGAAAAUAGAAGAAAAACAGAUAAAAUGGCACCUAUAAGAGACUUAUCCGAUAGCUUCAUAAAUAAUUGUAAAAAGUACUACAAUUCUGGUUCUCAUUUGACCGUGGAUGAACAACUAGUGCCAUUUCGUGGUAGGUGUCCAUUCCGUGUAUAUAUGAAAAGCAAACCUGCCAAGUAUGGCAUCAAAGUUUGGGUACUGGCGGAUGCAGAGACGCCGUACUGCAAAAACCUCCAAAUAUAUCUCGGAAAAAAAGGAAAUGUUCCAGAACGCGAUCAAGGUAAACGAGUUGUGCUAGAUUUGGUUUCGUGUUUGGGCUCGGGUUACGGUAUCACUACGGACAAUUUUUUUACUUCUCUUGAGCUAGCCGAAAACCUACUAGACAGAAAUCUUACCUUGUGCGGAACACUGAGAAGAACGAAGACAUUUCUACCAACGGAAUUUUUACCUUCUCGAAAACAGCCAGUAUAUUCCUCGAUUUUUGCUCACCAACCGGAGGUUACUAUGGUAUCAUAUGUGCCCAAACAGAACAAAAGCGUAAUACUGCUGUCCUCAGAACAUCGUGAGGGUACCGUUUCAGAGCAAAAUCACCAGAAACCAGACAUGAUAAAUUCACUAUAAUUCUACUAAGGGUGCAGUUGACGCCCUCGAUAAAAUGGUAGCGGAAUAUAGCUGCAAUAGACAGUCAAAAAGGUGGCCAGCGGUUGUUUUUAUGAAUUUUAUAGAUGUUG